CCAAUGGUCACAACUUAAAUGGAAAGGAUAUUAGGAUUAGAUAUUACUAAUUUGUUACGAUGAGGGGAGAGGUAUACUUAUCUGUUUAGCCAAUUUAAUUGAGCCAAAACAUAUCUAUAAACUAUUCGAUACGCUUUUUAAAGAAAUUUCUCCUGAGCAUUCGCGGUUGAUAUUUUCAUGCCACGCGUAUACGGUCACACUCUCCCACCCCACUCAUUUUCUUAAAGGGAAAAACAAUAACAUUUCCGGCGUAUUCCCCGCUCUAUCUGACCAAAAUGAGGCUCCAACGACAGUGCAUUGUGGUCAACAUGCGAUCGGCCAUUGUCCUGAUCAUGAUCUUCGUGCUGACGGGGAUCAGGAACAGCGAAACGGCCAGCGGUGGCAACCAGAUGGACUUAUCGGACUCAAAAGGCGAUCACAAGGAUAACAGCAAUGCGAGCAAUGGCAAUGGAAAUGCCAACGAUAACGAGGUGUAUGUGCCGCCCCUGGUGUCCAGCAUGGUGGCCAAGAGUGGAGGAGGUGCCGGUGGACUCCUGGACAACAUAACCGCCUACAGCAGCAGCAGCAGUAGCAGUAGCAGCAAUGGGAACAACAACAUGCUAUGCCCGUACGAUAAGGAAACGCCCUGUGAUCGCCUGCAGUUUCCCUGCAUCCGUUGCAACUACAAUCAUGGAUGCAUCUACGGCCGGGACUUGAAUGUAACCUGCGAGGUGAUCAACAAUGUCCAGUGCCUGGGCGAACGGAGUUUCCAGCGACAAAUGAAUUGCCGAUACUGCUACCAAACGGAAAUGUGGCAACAGAGCUGUGGCCAGCGCUCCAGUUGCAACUCGGCGACGGAUAAGCUAUUCCGUACCAACUGCACCGUGCACCAUGAUGUGCUCUGCCUCGGCAAUCGAUCCUUUACCCGCAACCUGCGAUGCAACUGGACGCAGGGCUAUCGGUGGAGCACAGCCCUGCUGAUUAGCCUCACGCUAGGGGGCUUUGGAGCCGAUCGAUUCUACUUGGGCCACUGGCAGGAAGGGAUUGGAAAGCUGUUCAGCUUUGGCGGCCUCGGCGUCUGGACCAUCAUCGAUGUCCUGCUCAUCUCGAUGCAUUAUUUGGGGCCAGCGGAUGGCUCACUUUACAUAUAGUUUAGUUUUACAGGGGUUAAUAGGUCAUAAGCUAACUUUUCCAUUACAGUGUACAUAAUAACGAAUGCAAAUAUGCAACCAUUAGGAAUAGCAAGAUCUUCUCAAAAACGUGUACAUAAUUAAUUAGGAAAUGUAUUUUAUUAAUAAUGCCAAAAGUUCUUUUUUGUAUCUUUUAUCUAGCACAAUUCUUUGAUCGUAUCAAUAAAUAAGUGAAAGAGAAAAUAUAACCAUCUCUUUCUCGUUCCUGUAAGAUCAGACAAAUUUGUAAAAAUAAAUGGUUUGUUUCAUUCAG